AACGCGGGGGUGAAAGUUCAAACCUCAAUGGUGCGAUGCUUCUCGUCGCGCUUUCUCUUCAUGACCGUACCCUCCACUCCCUACCCCAUUUCUUCAGAAAACUGGCUUUCUAUUGUUCACCUUUGCUAGCUUAUUGAGUUUCUGCAGCGCUUGGUUCAACCAAGAUGAAUUACAAUCAACCCCCCGAAGCACUCAGAGCCUUAGUGAUUGGGGCAGGUUCCGCGGGGUUGUUGAUGGGCCAAGUGUUCAAGAAGGCCGGAAUUGGAGCCACCAUUUUUGAGCAAGACCAAAGCCCUACUGCUCGACCGCGGGACUGGUCCUUUGGCAUCUAUUGGGCCCAGUCCCGUAUCGAGGCCUGCCUGCCCCCGGAGCUGAGUGUGCUUGUCGAUACCGUCCAGACCGACCCGUCUUUCCGACGCCACGAGGGCUCGUUUAUGCCGGUGUAUAACGGCUUGACGGGGGAGCCGCUGAAGAAGAUCCCCGCUCCUCAUGCUAUGCGCCUCAGAAGGAGAGCAUGGCUGGAUCUGCUGCGGACAGGAUUGGACGUGCGCUUUAGCAAGAAGCUUGUCUCCAUCUCCACGUCUGAUGACGGCGUCACAGCGGUAUUCGAGGACGGCAGCGCCGAGACGGGCAGUCUGCUGAUCGGGGCGGAAGGGGCACACAGCGUCACUCGGACCUGGCUCUUCCAGCACUCCCCGCAAGAUGCCGCGCUGAUGGAGGUGCCCAUCUCCUCCUUUGUCACCCUGACCAAGCUCAACCGCGACGUCGCGCUGGCGCUGAAGGCCAUCGAGAAAUCGUCGUGCAUCGCUGUGAGCCCCGGCUUGUUCACCUUCUUCUCCGGGUACGACUGCACCAGCGAAGACCCAGCCGAAUGGGUCUUCAUGAUCAUCCUCACCUGGCCCGUGGAUGAUGCCGAAACACAGGCCGCUCUGACGAAAGAUAGUACUAGCCACCGUCUCUUGGAAAGGGCCCGCGAACGUACCAAGGGGCUGGUCUACCCCUUCGAUACAAUGGUCCGUAACAUUCCCGAGGAUACCAGGGCCUGGUACAGCAAGCGCAUGACCUACUGGCCGACCAAGCCGUGGGACAAUCGAGGCGGCCGCGUCACCUUGGUGGGAGAUGCCGCCCAUGCCAUGACCUUCCAUCGUGGACAGGGUUUGGGAAACGCGAUCGCCGACGUCGCUGAGCUUCAGGUGCAUCUCCGCGCCAUGAAGGCCCACACCAGAGAGGAGUUGGCACAGGCGGUUGGAAAAUAUGAGAAGGACGUGUGGAAGCGGGGGUAUGAGAUCGUCAUGGAGAAUCUGGAAAAUACGAUAUCGCUGCACGAUUGGGAGAAGGUGUCAGAGAGCCACUUGGUGGCUUCCGGUCUGAAUACGGACCCGGCAUUGCACUUGGGUAAGAGGAAGUAGGGACUACUUAACUACUGGUAGGGCUUGACGCUUUUCACUGGAUAUCGCUUUAUUCGCACAGAUGUUCCAACUCUCGAGGUUCAGCUUGAGACAGAACUUAUUGCUUCAUGAUUUGGGAUGAUUCUG